AUGGACGCACAGGCCGUGGCUAUGUUCUCCACGCUAACGAAGGGGCAACACGUCACGCUGCGGGAGCCUCACGAGCAGCCACCCCCGGUGAUUGAUGCACCUACGAGCGACAUCAGCGUGGCCGACCCUCCGGAGGUUCUCGCCGCACACGCAACGGCCGCGGCGUUGGACGAGGCUUCAAGGCUCGCCGUCGAAGCCGCAGCUGCCCGUCAACAAGUCGAGAAGGACAAGGCAGCAGCCCUCGAGUGCAAGGCGGAGUAUGAACGACUACAAGCACUCGCCGGACCUUUCUUCUCCAUGCGACGUGCACGCAACCCCGGAUAACCGGUUGAUAUGUCUUUGAUUAUUUUGGAACAGUUCCUAUAGCCCAGUGCAUUGGUUGCACAGANAUGUUAUUCGUUCGGUGCGGUGUGACCCUCAGCAAACCGGUCCAUGCAUGCUGGCAUAGUUGCGUUCUCGGUGCAUGAAUCAACAGUGUUUUAUCACCCAGUUAAGCUGGCACAAGGCCGCGCUGCGAUGAUGAAAAAUCUCUCUUCGGGGCAGCACGGUCGGUGUUUCCGUCUAAAAAGUAGGUAGAUUCUCUUGCAGAACCCAACAUGCCGGUAACAUGGCUGUUUGUGAUCCUUUCUCUAACCAACGACACCGUUACAGUGCAAUGAAGCUUCGCAUGGAGUUUCGUCGACAUCUUCCAUAAACUGGCCUAAUACGGUCGAAAAAUGGUCGAUUUAUGACUUGCCGUCGGUGGGCCAAACUGCGUUGGAGAUAGCCCCUUUUGCGGGACCCCAAAAAUCUGUCCCAAUAUGUGAUUUUUUUUUUUCUUGAUUCUACCUUGCCUACAUAUUCCAAAGACCGUGUCUAUGAAUUUUCAUGAACCAAUUCGAUAAACUGAUGAAAUGGGGUUGUUUGGGCGCCAAAAGAACCUGAAUUUCGCCGUUUCAUUCUUUAAUCAAGUAGUUUGGGGAAAUCCAGGAUGCGAAAUACUUCAUGGCACAAGAGCUGAAAACUUCACACCGUUUUUAUGAGUUAGACUCUGAAACUUUGCACACAUGUACCUUGGGUCAAUACGAAACGCUGUGUGGCGGGGCCUUUUUCAUUUCCUUCCAUGGUCGCCAGUUAUUCGGGGUCCCAGGAGCCGCACACGACCCCGAAAUCUCUAGGACCCCGGAUAUCCGGCGACAGGAAAAAAAAAAAGACCCCU